AUGCCACCCAAAAUUUCUCUGGGCAUCAACCUCUCCAAACCGAACAAACUAGCCAAAUCAUCGCCUUUCGGAGUCCAAAGUAAACCACUAGCAGCUGGUCAAAAGCGCAAAAAAACAGUCUUCGGCGACUCGGAUUCUGAGAGCGACCGAGUCGAGCUACAAGCAAAUAACAAGCAGAAUGGUGCAAUCGAAAUAACAACAUUGGGAGGAUUGGGCGACGAGGAAGAGAAUAACAAACAUGAAGACUUUACGCCACGGAAAGUGGCGCGGACUACUCCUCAACUUGGAGGCGCAAAGCCGGCUUUGAAAGUCAAGUCGUUGAAGAGUAGUAUAUUCGACGACGAGAAUGACGAAGGACAACAACAAGGAGUGAAAGAAACAAAGACCUACGGCCUUCAAAAGCCGGCGGCAGCAGCAGGCCCAACAGAACCGGAAUACAAAAAUCUCGCAGCCCUACAUACAAGCCGAAAACAUGCUCAACAAGCCGAAGAAAUCGACCCCUCUAUAUAUUCCUACGACGCCGUAUACGACACCAUCAAAGCGAAACGUGAAAACAAGAAAAAGUCCACCAACGAAGAAGGUGACGAAGGCGAAGGAUCCAGUAAAUACAUGUCCGCUCUGAUGCGAACCGCCGAAAUCCGGAAACGAGAUCAAUUGCGCGCGCGGGAUAGACUGUUAGCGAAGGAGCGGGAAGCGGAAGGGGAUGAGUUUGCAGAUAAAGAGAAAUUUGUGACGGCCGCGUAUAGGGCGCAGCAGGAGGAAGUGAAGCGCAUGGAAGAGGAGGAGGCGAGGCGGGAGAAAGAGGAGGAAGAGCGAAGGAGAAGGAAUGGGGAUUCGGGUAUGAUGGGAUUUUAUAGGCAGAUGCUGGCGAGGGAUGAGGAGUCGCAUGGUGAAGUCAUGAAGGCGACGGAGGAGGCGGCGAGGAAAGUUGCUGCUGGAGAAGUGGUGGAGAGUGAAGAGCAGCAAGAUGCCAAGGAGAAAUCGGAGGCGCAGAUUGCUGCUGAAUUGAAUGCAAGAGGGUCUAAUAUUGUUGUCAACGACGAGGGCCAGAUAGUCGAUAAACGUCAAUUGCUCAGCGCGGGCCUGAAUGUUGCGCCUAAACCAAAGGCGAAACUAUCAGAUGCGGCUCGUGCGGCAUCGGUAGUUCGUCCUGGAGCUCGACCCGGUGGACCAUCAAGAGAAGUAUUCGCUUCUCGAGAGGCCCAACGUGCUCGUCAGACUGAGAUGAUAGCUGCGCAGCUAGAAGAAAAAGCUAGACAAGAGGAAGAAGCUGACCAGGCGCGGCAGAAAGAAUUGGCGGAGAAGACCAAGAGUCGUAAGACAGAGACGGAUGUUUCAAGUGCUCGUGAGCGAUAUCUGGCGAGAAAGAGGGAGAGGGAGGCGGCUCAGAAUAAGGGAUGA